AAAUAGAACGAGCAACAGUUAACAUCCGAACAACUGGCAAGAUGCAUCUGAAUCUGAACUAUUUCAUUGGGCUUUUGCUGGUGCUGCUUUGCAGCACAUUUGCGAUGGCCUAUCCUCAGGGUCCUGGCUGUGGGCCACCACCCAGUGGAACUCCUCCUCCGGGACCUCGUCCAUCGGGUCCUCCGCCUGGCUGCAGACCUUCAACCACGGCUUCCUCCGGUUAAAUAGAUUCCGAUUUCGAUUGCCGUCUUACGAUUCCCGACUCCAAUCCGCAUCACAAGGCUUUCCUGGCUCGACAAAUGGCAAAAUCCUUUAGCUAAGUCUCCGUUUUUUUUUUUGUUCGUUCGAUUCAAUAAAAUAUUUGCGUACAACUA